AUGAAGAAUGCAAGACGAAUUACUGAUAAUCCGUAUCUUGUCAAUGAAAUUGUUGAGGGUAUUUUUUUAAGAUUACCAGUUAAAACUCUGCUGCGAUUCAAGUGCAUAUGUAAGCGCUAUUGCGAUCUGAUUUCAAGCCCCUGGUUUAUCACUCUGCAUCGAAAGAUCUUUAAUUCAGAACCUUAUAACCAUUGUAUCCUUGUCCAGACUGGGGAGAUAAAUCGUUUGAUCCGUAUACGAAAUCCUGGCUGCCUGAUAAAGAUUAAUGAACCCUGUACGUCUAAUUAUACUGUUGUAGGUUCAAUCAAUGGCUUGGUCUGUCUAGUUACUACUACUGGUUCCCGUAAAUUGAUUUGCCUAUGGAAUCCUUCCAUAAAUCAAUUCAAGAUGUUCCCUCCUAUGAGGCGUCAAAUGACACGCUACAUUGAUGUUAGUAUGGGUUUUGGAUAUGAAAAAGAUUCUGACGAUUACAAGGUCAUGAGGGUUCUAAGCUAUAAAACAGUUUGGCCACCUACUACACUUCUUGAGGUUUACUCAACCAAAUUGGAAUCUUGGACAGUACGGAAGUUUGAUGUUCACUUAAAAAUGAGUAUGUGCCGCUGUGAUGUAAUUGUUGAAGGGUUUACUUACUGGGUUGCCAAAGACUUGGAUGAAAGUACUGUUCUUGUCUCAUUUGAUUUGAGUAGUGAUGAUCUCAGAUUAAUUCCAGUACGGGAAAGUUUGAUAACUGAAUCCCAAAGUUUUGAGGCCACGAACUAUCAUGGGUCAUUUGCAUUGCUUGUAUACUCUUCACCCAGUGAAUUCAAGGCGUGUCUUGAGGUUUGGAUGGUUGAAGAUGUCUCUGCAGAGGCGUAUAGAUGGCAAAAGAAGUUCACCUUUCGCAUGGAUUUUGAGUUUUCAAGUCAUUGGGGUCUUACUGGUGGAGAUAUAGUAGUUAAAAAUGCUCCAAACAUGCCGUUCUUGUUCAAUCUGACAACAAAACAAAUGAGUGUAAUAGGAAUAAAUCCUAUUCUUUCACUUUUCAACUAUACCGAGAGCCUUGUAUCAAUUGAGGGUUUCAAGCGUAUCCGCAAUCAACAGAAGGUGAGAAGGAGGAGGAAUGAUUCACUUCCACAGAAGAAUCAGCAAGACAGAGCUAACAGGCACAUAGCUGAACUUAGGGAUUUAAAUGUGUAG